GGGUGAGGCCGGUCCGUCCUUUCCACCUGGGCCUGCGAGACGGUGGAGUGUCGGGCAUGGCCGGGGUCCGCAGGCUGGAGCUGGCGGAGGCCCUGCAGCUGGGCCGGGCGUGGCGGCUCGCGUGCCACGCGCUGCUCUACGCCGCCGGACCCCGGGCCGUGCUCUUCGGCCGCAUCCCGCUACGCCUUCUCCCGCAGAUGCAGAUGCGCUUUGACGGGCGUUUGGGCUUCCCCGGCGGCUUCGUGAACUUGCAAGACGGCAGCCUGGAGGACGGGCUGAACCGCGAGCUGGACGAGGAGCUGGGCGAGGCCGCGGCCGCCUUCCGCGUGGAGCGCGCUGACUACCGCAGCUCGCACGCUGGGUCCCGGCCGCGCAUCGUGGCGCAUUUCUACGCCAAGCGCCUGACCCUGGAGCAGCUGACCGCUGUGGAGAUGGGCGCGCCGCGGGCCCGGGACCAUGGGCUGGAGGUGCUGGGCCUGGUGCGGGUACCCCUGUAUACCCUGCGGGACGGCGUGGGAGGCCUGCCUGCCUUCCUGGAGAAUACCUUCAUUGGAAACGCACGGGAGCAGCUGCUGGAAGCCCUUCAGAAUCUGGGACUGCUGGAACCUGGCUCUGUCGCAGGCCUUAAGAUCUCAGCUCCUCCCUAGCGGCAGCCCCCUAUGGACCCGUAGAUACCGAGAUCAGGGCCUUUGUCCUGGAGAGGGGAGGGAGGGAGGGAGGGAGGGAGGGAGGAGAAAGGGAAUGUUUUCUUUCCUGGGCCUGAUAGAUCCUAACAGAUUAAAUGAGAAGUAUGUGCAGUGUGUUCUGAACACAGGGCCCCGCGGCGACUUCAGGCACUGGGGGCAAAACUCCACAGCGCAUCCUAGGCAGGGCCCUAGCGGGUUCUCAGAGCCUACCUCCUCCGUGAACAUUGGCCCACACAGAGCUGGUGGCCUCCAGCCAUGCAGCGAUCUGGGCCCACACACAAGCUGAUGCCCCACCUUCCAUGUUCAGUUCAGCUGGGAAGUCGCACGUGUGGUGCGUAGCUUGUCCCUGCACCCACCAUACGUGUCUCUUCAUGGGGAAGAGCGUCUGAAUCAGGGACGGUCUCUGCCCACAGGGCUAGUCCCAGGGUGUAGCCCAGCUUGUGCUUGUUGGGGAGGACAGAGGAGCAAGGGGCCUCUCUCCCCCCUGAAAGUGGUCCAUCCUUGCCUGGGGAUUGGCCAAAGCAGUGUAGCCCAGAAAGUUCCUGACCAACCCCCUGUCCUCUCCCGAAACUGAGCAGAGGGGCGAGAAGAUGGCUUGGUCUCCUUGGGCUGACCUUUGAUUUGAUAAUUCUGAGUCCUGGUGCGUCUCCUCCAGGGCUUCCUAAGCCUCUGGGGACAUCAGAAAGGAGGCAACGGAGCCCUGUCUAGUCCAGCCCUAACAAAAGAGCCAGUAAAGAAGGACUUGUAGCUGGGCCUUAGAGCCUUUCUGUUCCUUCAACAAAUAACCUGGAGGGGGAGAGGGUGGCUGAAGGGGCACAGCCCAGCACUAAGGGGCCCUCCGGGGGGAGGGCCAGUCCUGCGGCGGAGCGGGCUCGGGAAGAGGACAGGGCCAUGCAGAGGAGAAGGGGGCUCCAUUAGCAGUGGGGUGAAGGGGCUGGAAUCUCCUCUUGGUGACUUGAAGCAAGACCAUCUGCUGGAUGUGGGUGGCGGUGUCCUCAAAAGGUACGAGGCAGGCAUUGGUCUUGACGUGGCAGGCAAGUCAAUGAAA